GAAAACCCAGAAACAAACAAAUAUACAGAAUCUUCUCCCGGAGAACACACAGAAGGAAAGAAAUUCCGAAGACGGAAACAUAAAGAAGAAGAAAUGGAAUCACGACGACGACGGAAAGGUUGUUGUGCAGCUGCUUCUGAUAGUGUUGGUUAUGUUUAUCAUUGAUUCUGCAACAACCAGUUUCCACCCGUAAAAGACUGUGUUAGGGUUUCAAGAUUUGUUACUUAGGGUUCAGAUACAUAAUACAUUAGCUCUUUAGGUAUUAGAGUGUGGUUUUUACAAAUGAACGUUUUCGAAGAUGAGUGGGUUUUUUCUGGUAAAAUUUCUUGUUGAUGGAGAAUUCUACUGAUAAGACGCUAGCUGAGCUAUUUGAAUUUGUUAAAUCUUGGAUAUCGAGGAGAAACACCGAGCCAGCAAACUACUCGAGGGAUUUUUGGAUGCCCGACCAUAGCUGCAGGGUAUGCUACGAAUGUGAUACGCAGUUCACCAUAAUUAACCGUAGACACCAUUGCAGGCUAUGUGGAAGGGUCUUUUGUGGUAAGUGUACUGCCAAUUCAAUCCCUGUACCAUCUGCUGCUCCCAACAACAAGGCAAACCGAGACGACUGUGACAGGAUACGGGUUUGUAUUUACUGCUUCAAGCAAUGGGAACAGGAAGUAGCGAGCGUUGUGGUCCAUAAUGGGACUCAUGGACAGUCUAGGAAGCAACGGGGUCAUCUCAGCCCUACAAUUUCUACUACGAGUUUUACGAGCACCAAGUCUAGUGCCACUGGAAAUAGCAACUCCAGUUUUAUUAGUUCAGUGCCGUACUCUGCUGGAAAUUACCAGUUUGCGGCAUACGGUUCUGGACUUGGCAUUGAUCAGUCUUCCCAGAUGGAUCUUGGUGCUGUGGCAGAUAACAAGCCAGAUAGAGCAGCAGCUUCUACAAGUACCACCACAGGUCCUACAGGGGAAGACACACGCGAUGCAUCUCCUGACCCAUUCGAGUACUGUAUGAAUAGGAGUGAGGAUGAUGACAUUUAUGGAUACGGUGUUUAUAGAUCCAAUUCCGAACCAACACACUUUCCUCGGGGUGACGACUAUUAUGGCCCACUUGGAGAUGGUGCGAUUGAUUGUGUUUAUGGACCACAUAAGUUGCAUUCUGAUGAAGAAAAUAACAUCACGAAAGACUCCAGAGACUCUUUGGUUAACGGGGAUUUGGAUUGUCAAGUGCUGGAAGAUGAAAGAAGGGUUGGUGGUGAAGAGAACGGGGGACAGAAUAACGGUGACGAGUGUGACACAGCUUUAGUGGAGGGUGUGGAUGCUGAGCCUUUGGAUUUUGAGAACAAUGGGCUGCUCUGGCUUCCUCCUGAACCUGAAGAUAUAGAGGACGAUAGGGAAGCUGUUGAGUUUGGUGACGAUGAUGUUGAUGAGGAUGCUGCAGGAGAGUGGAAAACCCUGCGCUCUUGUAGCAGCUUUGGUAGUGGUGAAUACCAAAACCGGGACCGGUCAACCGAGGAGCACAAGAAAGCAAUGAAGAAUGAGGUUGAUAAGCAUUUCAAGGCUUUGGUGUCUCAGCUCUUGCAGGUUGAGAAUCUAAUCGUGGGUGAGGAAGGUGACAAGGAAAGUUUUUCUUUUACGCGUGCAUCAGUUUUCCCAUUCAUGCCUCUAGGAUGAUGCUUUUUGAAUUUCUUAAAUAUGUUUACCUUUUAUUCACUAGAUAUUUUGUGUAAGUUUCGAGUGGAAAUUAUAUUUUCUUAAAUAUG